AUGCUAGAUCUGGCGGAUAUAUUAGGCGGAGGACCUUUUGUCAACUCACAGAGCAAUGGAACAGGGACUAAAAAAGAACCUCAGCCCAACGUUCAAUCAAACCAGCGCCAGCAGUCAAUGGGUUCACAAAAUAUUCCGAACCGAAACCAGAGGCCAAAUGAGACCAAACAGCAUGCUGAGAUUCGAAAUAUGCCAAUAAACCUCAAUGAAAAUCAAAGAAUCGGGUCAAAGCCAAACACAAGCACUGCACGGCAAAAUCCUCAGCAAGAGAGAAAACGUUCACUUCCAAAUGGUUCAAAUAACGAAAAGAAUCCCGCAAAGCAACCUGAAAUACAGAGGUCAGCUCAAGGUCAAACAAGGAGCUCCAAAAACUCAAUAGUGCAAUCGAUUCCAAGCCACGCCGAAGUUCAGCCUAAUAAUUCAAACGUGCAAAAUGAAGAAUUGCAGACACCUCUUAUGGAAGAUAGUCCAAGUAUGGGAAGUACCCCUCGACACGAGGAGAUCAAAGACAUACCGAUGCGACCUCCUUCCGAAAGCAAACCUCCUGUUGCGCGACCUCAGAGUAAUCAUAGCAACGCUUCAACGAUACCACCAAUAAAUAUGCCGACAUCAGCGUCUCAAAGUGAAACCCCGGGAAGGCAAAGCCAGAUGGCACAGCCCAAUAGUUCCACAACGAAUGAAAAAACGAACUCGGAAGGUGCUCGGAGUCAAAUGGGACCUGAGAGUAGAAACGAGUUUAUAGAGUACCUCUCGCCGACUGAUGUUCCAGCGAUUGAAGAGUUCACACCGCCUGCGAGUCCAGGAGUCAACAGAGUCGUCAUAACCAAAACGACAACCAGGCGUCACAUUGAGAGAACAAUUAUUCACAAAAUGAAACAAAAAGACGAGUCUAAAAGUCCUAAUAAUGAGCAAGUUUCAGCAAAUAAUGAGGAUGAAGUUUGUCCGUGUUCGGAUGACAAGGAGUUCUAUAUAGGUGAGGAGGGAAAUGAAAAGGAAAUAGUUCCAAAUAACGCCUCGGAUUCGGCAAAUAAUGAGGAUGAAAUUUGUCCGUGUUCGGAUGACAAGGAGUUUCAUAUUGGGGAUCAGGGAAACGAAAACGAUAUAGUUCCAAAGCGACAAGAAACAAGCCAAGAAUUGGGCGAUACGCAAGAAAUGUAUAUACGACGAAGUCCCGAAAAAAGCAAAAACGUUAAUCAAGAGCCUGGGCCGGUUAAAAAUCCUCGCAAUGUUCCCGGGAAACCAGUGCCGGCAAAACAACCCGAAAUGGAACAAGAGCCAGAAUUGGGUUCACCUUCUCGUCCUAUGGAAGCAUAUUCAAAUCGAAUUCACGAAGAAACUCAGCCUAUGCGACAACCAAGUUCAUCAGGUUGGCAUUCGAUUCGAGGCACUCCUCUAACAAGGACGCCUUCUCGAGAUGCAAGUAGAAAUAGUAGUAACGGUAGUGGAAAUCGAAGUUCAAGAGCCUUUUACAAACACCCGCCCCCGAAUGGGAGAAACGUUGUCAAUGAGCCACACGUGCCAAGAAAUCAGCGAGAAACUGUGAAUAGUAUCUACCAGCAUCCAGAUAAUCCAGACAUGAUGCGCGUUGCUAGCCAGAAACAAGACAACGCUGAAGUAGUAAAUGGUUACAGCAAUCCUCAAAACAAUUAUGAAGAAGUUGUAAAUAGUGUUUAUGUACCACAAAAUAACAAUCAAGCUGUAAGUCCGGUGGUGAUGCAGAGGAAUUCGAGGAACUCGCGGCCUCACUCUUUAAGUCAGGAAGAAAGAACACCUUCAGCUAUGGCAGAAAUUAUGCAACCGGACAUUUACAACAACCAGAACAGAGGUUCAAGGCUAGAUCAGAGGCAAAGCUUGAUGAAAGAGUCAUUCCACGGGGGGCCGAACGAGUUUAGAUAUACCUCGCCCAGUCCUGCCGCUAGAGGUCAACGAAGUAGCUUGUCGUCUUACCGAGGUAGUUUUGGAAACCCGCACGACAACCGAAGUAACCUGUCGUCGCGAUCGUCUUCGGAUUACAGAUCAAGGCCUCAAUCCAGAGCCGACUCGGCUUUGCGACAAUCGGGUUCACGACUGAGGGGCGACAGUUUACCAGCAGUUGACUAUCAAAACAUCAGAGCUAGACCUGCCGAUGAAAAUCAUUUUAUAGCUGGAGAACCUCAACCGCAAAUUCCGAGCAGAAAUAACAGUAGCUCCUAUAGCUCAAAAAGUGUAAUAAAGUCGAAGGAUUUUGAGGUUGGGUCGGUCAGUGAAAAAAUUAUGAACUCGCAAGGAAGUCAGUCGGAGCCAGUUGAGCUUAAUAUUCCCGACGCAAUCCAGGAAGCAGAAACGCCGAGGGAAACUGUUCCAGAACCAGAAUCACGUGAUCAACUUGCUACCGGAGAACAAUCAGUUAUGGAGUCCGGGUUCGAGGUUAACGACCAAAAUAUCGACAAUAAUGGAAACUCCAUGGUCGACAAUGAGCAGUUCAAAACAGCACAGAUUUUAGAAGUGCAGCAAAAUACACCGCGUGGACAGGCAAAUGAGGAUGGUGAACAAUUUGAGCACGUUGAAGAAAUGCAGGAAAAUAACAAAGAAGUUGACGACUUAAAUGAAAAUGAAAUAGAAAUUGAGCGCGUCAAAAACAACAUCACUGAAAAAGAAUUUUUCGAAAAUGAUCUGGCUUUUGAAAUGUCAAAUACUGUCCAAUUUCAGCAACAACGCCUACAAAGGUUUCAAAAUCAACAAAAUUGGAACCAGAGACAAGAAAACUGUGAAAAUUGGCAGCAAAACAAUCUCGAAAAUGAAGUGUUUCCCUCACAAAACGAUACUCCUGGUUUCAGUCAUGCUGAAAAUGGAGAUAAUGAAAAUUUUGAGCACAUUGAGAGUGAUUUUCAAACUGGUCAUAAUGAUCUUAAAAAGCAACAAAUGCUGCAACGGGAAAAUAUUCAAUUUGCACACGCUGAAAGGGAUGGAAGGUUCCAUCAAAAACAGAACGCCGCAUUUCGUCGAGAGAAAAAUGGACAACUUGAGACUGACGUUCAAUUUAAAAAUGAGGAGGAAGGUUAUCUGGAAUAUGACUAUAAUUCACCAAAUGUGAACCAAAAUCACGAUUUCCAAGCUGAAAGAGUUCAAGGUCAUAAUAUCCAACAAGGUUCAAACUUCAAAGCGGAACAAAAGUUUCAACAAUCUGCGCUUCAGCAAAGUAGCCACAGGCAACAUGCACAAGGAUUCCAAAUGCAGGAGCAAAGUCAGCGACGUCAACAUCACCAGCAAACAUUUCAACAAGCUUCGUCAAAUCAGAGAUACCGAUUUGAACAAAAUCGUCGACAAGAUUCGGGACCCCAAGAUUUUGAUAGAGCUCCCCCAAAAAAGGAGAAAACGAUUCCUGAAGUCUCACCUGAAAUCAGCGAAGCUUUCAACCCGAUUGACGAGAAGCCAGACCAGGAACCAAUGUCGGCUGGAAGGAGGGAUCCAGGCAUCGAAGAUGAUUAUGAAGAGAAACCAGAAAUCAUAGACAGAGAUGGACACCCAGCAGACCAAGAAGAAAGGGUUCCUCCGGAACAACAACAAGAAGAAGCUAUUUCGGAGCCAGAUGAAGGAGAGAUUGCAGUUCCUAGUGAGGAAGAGCGAAAAAAUCAAUCCAGUGGGCUUGAACUGGCGAAUAUCAAGGACACCAAAUAUGUCAUCACGAGAUCAGAGGAAUGGACGAUCAAGGUGAACAGUGAUGGUAAGCCGGAGCUGACGUCAUCACAGGGGUCAGUGGAGUCAUUUGAGAGGAAGAAAGCCAAAGUAGACCAACUGUUUGAGGCUGUGAAGCACAGUGUAGAGAAUGCGGGGCAGAGAGCUUUCAAAUACACACAACAGAAGGAGGAGAGGAUCAAUGAAGUGUCAAUGGUGAGGACACACCAUGGCGAGGCUGCCAUCCAACUGACUCAGCCACAGGGACAGAAUAAGGAAGAGGAACCAGAAUCAACUCAGAACCAGAUAAACGUGCAGGACCAGGAUGUCUCCCCUGUUCCUUCGGAGGCGGCAGAAGGCACGAAUGAGGAGUGUUGGGAGAGUGAGAACUCGAACAUGGCAUACAUGCACCCCCUUAACCAAGACAUGGAAGUGUCCACCAGCCAACAGUCGGGGGUCUCCGCGGAACAGUUUGAAAGAGCCAGUCUCAGAAGCUCCAAAGGCAGCAUUAGGAAGAUGCAAUAGUUUGAAGUAGUUCAUCGCAACGAAAGAUGAUACGCAUCAGAUCUUAAGAGU